AUGCAAUCAAAAUCGCUAUCUACACAAGACUCAGGCAGGGUUGCAGUAUUGAUCCUGAUAUCAUGUAGGCUCUGGCUGGCUCAUCAGGAAUGGAUGACUUUCAGCAAGUUCCGUCACUCUUCAGGCCUGCCCAGCCUUGGUAUGGCUUUUAUUAUUGCAUUCGACUUUAACGUGCACCCAAAGUUCCAGGUCUUUCUUCUACCUGGAAGUUACAACAACAUCAUACACUCGCAUUCUCUUUCCACAUCGUCAUCAAAGGCACUCGUUUUCUACUAA